UUCUGAGUAGAGGAAAUGAUGUUGAGGUGUUGUUUUUGCUUGACGAAAUUUACGAAAGACUUUCAAAACUGAACGAAACGUAUGCGACACAAGAGCAUCAAUUUCAAUGUCCCUCAGUUGAAAUUCCAUAUUUACAUUUGAAAUGGAACGAACCAUUUAUGAUGAGUUUUUCUACCAGGAUUGAUGAUAAAGACAUUGUUAACAUGAAAGAGGCCCUUAAAAUAACGACAAAAACGUGUGAACCGAAACGUCCCUCGGUACAAAAUUCAUCAAGUAACUUGUCUGAACAAAAACAAAAUUCAAAAAGUCUACCAAAUCUUACUCUUAAAGAGAAACCUCAUGAGACUUUUAGGCUCCAGUUCAAUAAAAAUCUUUAUCUAGAUGACGUCAGCGAUUUGCGCACCCCCGUGUUUACCAGUGUUGCAUGGACGGCCGAUGGUCGUAUAGCGGCAAUAGACAGAGAAAACAACAAAAUCAAAAUUUUAACACACGACACUGAAGUACAUGCAGUUAAAUCAAUAAAGGUACCAGGUGCAUGUGUGAUUUCCUCAUAUCGAAUGGGAUUUGCUUGUCUCGCUGGUUCAAGGUUGCUUAUUUUCGAUCAAAACUUUAAUGAAUUGAACAGAUUUGAAGGAAUUUCAACGAUAAUCACACAACAUCCAGAAUGCGAUACACUAGCGUGGAUGUCAAAGAAAAAGGUUUUUAUCAAAACCUGUGACAGGAUCGAUGAACGGGAAAUAUUAAACGACCAAGGGAAAAAAUUCUCCUUCGGCAAACCGGUGUAUGCCAGCCGUCUUCCGAACAAAACACUGAUCGUGUCCGACUGGAUAAAAGACCGUGUGUACCUGCUUGACCAAGACUGCAAGAUUUUCAAGAGAAUUAAUGCCUACCCAGGAUCAAUUGCUUUUGAUACUGAAAAUAACAUUUUUAUAUCUGAAUACUUUGAUGGGAGUCUUUCAAUAUUUGACAGCAAAGGGAUUAAUAAAUCCUUUAUCAAAAUUGACAAAUGGCAGACUAAACCAAGAAGCAUUGCUAUUUUCAAAGAUGCUCUACUUAUCGCAAGUUCAAACAAAGUCAAUAUGUAUAAUUUGUUGUCUUAAAUGAUUUAAUGACCAUAUCUUAAAAUAGACUAGUGUAUUCAAAGAUGUCCCAUAUUAUUUAAC